AUGGCUGCCGCUACGACGGCGCCAGAGCCAGCUCAAGACAAGGAAGGAGAGGGCGACGAAGAAGAAAUCGUCGAGGAAAAAGUCAAAUCAAAACCAUCGCUGGGGUCGCCUGCUCGCGCCUCGUGGGACAGCCAGUUUGAACUGUUCCUCGCAUGCUUGGGCCUAUCGGCAGGGCUGGGAAACUUCUGGCGGCUUCCUUCACUCAUCAGCGCCAACGGCGGAGUUGCCUUCCUGGUGAUGUACGUGCUGCUUUCCAUCACGGUGGCCAAGCCCAUCUUCUGCAUGGAACUCUUUCUGGGACAGUUCUCGAGCCAGGGCUCAGUCGGCGUCUGGCGAUGCGUACCCAUCGGGAAGGGCAUCGGCGUGGGCAUGGGCUUCGUGAGCGCGCUGGUGAGCUGCUACUUCGUGCUGUUCCUGGCCCACACGAUGCUCUUCACCUGGAACUCGCUGUCAGGCGAGGUGCCCUGGGCCGAGUGCAGCGACCAGUGGGGCGCCGAUGCGGGGUGCUUCCUACGCCGACCGGGUUCGGUUCCCUGCAAGGAUGUGUACCGGUGGUUCGCGGAACACUACGCUCGCACCAACCUCACCCGAGGCCGCACGGUGUCGUACGAAGGCCUCGUCUUCCGCGUGCCUGAACGCGUCUUCGACAACAUCUCGGACAACUGCCAGUACGGAACGAACACCGCUGCCGAGCAGUUCUACUUUCGCCACAUCCUGUCCCUGAGCAACGACGUGACCACAACGGGAAACUUCCGCAUUGACGUGCUCGCCUGCAUGGCCAUCUGCUGGCUCCUCUUAUACCUGCUCGCCGCCAAGGGCAUCCGGCUAUCCGGAAAGAUGAUGUACAUGACCUCUCUACUGCCGUAUGCGGCGGUGGUGGUGCUGAUGGUCACCGCAAUGCGAAUGCCCAACGCCAGCGUCGGCAUCCUGUACAUGCUCUGGCCUGACUGGGAGACGCUACUCGAUUUGAAGAAAAAGUGCUGA